GCAGCUCUUCAGGAAAACAUAUGAGAGUCUGAAGACAAAUGAAAGCCUCCUGACUGCCUGCUCUGUGCCUUUGCUGUGUUGGAUGGUCUGUUUUUGUCUGAAGAAACACUUUACAGACGGUGAUCAUGUGAUGAGAGAACUAAAGACAACCACCUCCAUUUAUGUGCAGUUUGUGUCCACUCUACUGGAGCAUCAUGACCAGAGUCAGUCUGUCCUCAGGAGUCUGGGUCAGCUGGCAGAGGAAGGGAUAAUGGAUGAAGAAGUCCUCUUUGACAAGAAGACCGUGUUCAAGACAGGUUUAGAUGCUGAAAGUAGCCUGUUCCUGCAUGAACCUGAUAUUCAAGAUUUAUUAAGGAAAAGAGCACUCAAGUUUAUGCACCUCAGCUUUCAGGAGUUCUUCAUGGCUCUUUAUUAUAUGUUUCUGAAUGAAGAAGAGUCCCAGAGGAACAUCAGAGACAUCCUAGCUGCUGAAAGAGUGAAAGGUAGACUAACAAAUUCCAUACCUUCAGUGCUUCUGUUUCUCUGUGGUCUCUCUAAUGAAGACUCAAGCAACUCACUCUUUGAAAAGCACAACUGGACUGUUCCUUACAUCAUAAGAAAAGAAAUGGAGAGCACAAUCCUUACACUUCAGGAUGAAGAUAAACUAUUUGCUCUCCAGUGUCUGUAUGAGCUCCAGGAUGAGGAGUUUGUGAGGAGAGCUUUAGGAGAUUGGGUAUCCCUGGAUCUGUCUAACAUUUCUCUGAGGAGCACAGACUGCUGGGUGCUGCUGUACUGUCUUCAGUGCUGUCCACACAUCAGAUACCUGAACCUCAUGUACUGUGAUUUAACAGCUGAGAAACUCAAGAUUCUUCAGCCAGCACUCUGUAUGUGUGAGACUCUGAGGUUGUCAGUGGACCAUCUGCCUGAAUUUGGAGAUUUGAGCAAGACUCUCUGUGAAUUCAAAUCAUUGAAGGAACUGAAAGUUCAGGAGGAUGAAUACAGGGGUGAGAGUCCCAGGUGGUCACUUGACCUGUCUGUUGCACAGGAAGAUUACCUGUUGUCUUUGAGCUCCUCAGAGAAGAAUCCAUCAUUUCCAACAGUCUUAAACAUCAGUCUUACGUGUCCACAAUCAGAGAUAUCCAGCACUGACUGGACACUCUUCUUACAGAAACUUAGCAAGGCAGGACAAUUUGCUGAAGACUCUUCAGCUCUUGAUGAGUUUGUCAGUUUGCUGCUGUCUUCAUUUUACUUUGGCGGUCUGAAAAAGUUGAAUCUGAAGGUGGUCAGCUUUAAUGAGAGCUGGGCUUCUGGGAUCAUUUCCCUUGUCCAGACCUGCACCAGUCUACAGCAGCUCAGUAUUGAGGAAUACAGCGACAAUCCUAGAAGUCUCUUCUCAAGGUUCAUUGUAUUAGUUUACAAUGAAGACAUCAGGUUGGAUAUAAGGCAUAGACGGAACACUGAAUCUCUCUCAAAAAUCUCUCUUACUUUUCCACGCUCAGCGUUAAGCAGCUCUGACUGGAAAAUCCUCUUCCAGAGAUUUCAUGAAGUGUCUAGAUACCAACAAAAUUCUCCAGAGUGUAAUGAGCAAGCGGAUGCUCUGUUUACUUUCCUGCACUCUGUGUGUGAUCUGAAGAGUGUGGAGCUGAUCAUCUUCAGUCUGAAUCAGAGCUGGGCUCUCAGGAUUCUCGCUCUCAUCCAGGCCUGCAGCAGUCUGCAAGAAAUCUGUGUCCGUGCCACUGGUUUGCUGCUGGAGGUGGGACUCGAGUUACUGUAUGAAUCACUGACAGAUUCACACUGCUCUGUGAUCAUUGAAGGGCCAACCAUCUCUGACUCUGAACCAUCUGGACUGAAUCUUCAGCCGCUCCCAGUGUGUCAGUCUUGUGUUCACAUUGUUGACUCUGAUCAGUGGGUUCAGGUGGAGCCGUCAGUCUGUACAGAUGAAGGAGGCUCAGAGUUCAGGAUCAGCACUCCGGCGGGUCGAUUCGAGUGCAGCAGGACCAGAAUGCGAUGGGUCUGUGCUGGUGACGUCACUCUCCAGUACCGUGCAGUGGAUGGACGUUUCCUCAGAGCAGAUCUGGAGAGACUUCAGUGUGAGCGGAUUGGUCCUGUGAUUGAUGUGACCGUGAUCUCAGGGAAACUGGAGGAGGCCCAUCUGCCUCAUUACGCCUGUUUGGCAGAGUCAGACCCCUCUCUCACAGAGGCUGUGAAGGUCCUCAGCAAAAGCGAUGAAGGAAUAUCUUUACAAUCUGUAGAGCUGACCCGUUAUCAUGCCAAAAUGGUCCAACCAUCCUUCUCUCUCAUAACUCUAAUCAUAAGCUGGUUCAUAAAGUGGGAAGAACACUGUGAUCUUCUUCUCUACAUGCGGUGUAAAGAACCUCUCUUUCUUCACAUCUACUUUUUUCCAAUGAAUGACACUUGUUCAAAAGAAAAAGUUGAGCAGCAUGAAAAAUCAAGUCUUUUGAUCAGCCAUCCCAGACCUGACAGACCAUUUCGGUUGAAAACGCCUCACCUUCUUGAGGUUCCUGGUGCAUCUGUCCAUCCCAUAGAGGGGAUUUCAUUUAGAACUGAUAUUGACCCAAACUUCUUCAAGGUCAGGCAACAUCAGGAUGGUCCCAUACAAAUGAAUCUUAUCAGAGAGGAAGACAGGAAGUCUGUGUGGACUGCCACAAUAUGGAAAGAAGAAUUUGGCCAGUUAAAUCCAAUGUUAGGUGAGCGCAGCCAUGAAGAAGAGGAGCGGAAUCCACCCAAAGAGACCCAAUUUGUGGAUGGGAACUAUGCAGCACUUAUUCAGAGGGUUACCUUAGUAAUGGCAAUAGCAGAUGAGCUAAAAAAUAAGGGUAUGAUACAUGAUGAAAAAUAUUCAGAGAUCAGAGCAGAACAAACCAACCAGGGCAAAAUGAGAAAGCUCUUUGAAGCGCUUAAUGCUGGAGGACACAGAGUGAAAAAUGCCUUUUAUUAUGCUCUGAGAAAUCAUGAACCAUACCUCUUCAGAGACUUGGGUGGUGACAACUGAAAACAUGAGCAGCCUAUAUCUGAAGAAUCAGCUACACAAAUGAAGACCCCUGCACUCAAGAAACAGAAGACGACCCCUGCAACUACGACACAGAAACAGACGUGAGAAGACAACAGAUGCAAGAUGCAGCCACUUGAACAUGAAUGAAUGCUAAAAAUGCAGUUAAAGGAGUUCAAAGUUUUCCAGAAAACUGAUAGGAUUUUUUUAUUUUGUGAGGCACAAAAAAAAUUUAUCAAUGUGCAUCCAAACAGGGCUGAGACUUUGUUUCAAACUGGACAAAAGCAUAAGACACCACAAAUGGCUUCAACUUUGAUAAAGUUUUUAUUUUUUUAAUUUUUUAAUUGGUGUUAUCUUAUUAAAAGCGUUAAGAACGUUACCGCCAUUGCAGACAAACAAUGAAAUAUAUUCUGAAAUCACACAUUAUAAUUUAACCAGUGAAGCCAGCAUGAGAAGGAUCUGCAGCAUAGUGCGUAAAGGUAGAGACAGUGAUUCUUCUGGAAGAAGAUCCUGAACUUUUAAGCCAUCUGCCUUUACCUGACUCUUAACCUUUUUUGCUUGAUGAUUCUACAUUGUAUUCAGUGUUGGGAAGGUUACUUUGGAAAUGUAAUAGGUUACAGAUGACAAGUUA